AUGUGUCAGCGACUUUUGUUGGGGUGGGCAGCCCUUGUCCUGGCGGUUGCUGGCGCACUGCCGGCGUGCAACAUGACGGUUGAUCCCGCAAACACGACGCGGACUGGCAGUGACUACGACUGGAUUGAGCUGCCCAUCAACUCGACAGUGGAUGAUUGCGUAGCCCUCUGCUGCCAAGAUGAAGAAUGCCAGGCCUUUACUUACAACACAGCCCCCCAUGUGUGCACCAGCGCACCCGCCGGCUCACAGCAUUGCUGUGGUUUGAAAAGCGCCGUCCCGGAUGCACACCCAUCCUCCUACAAUGGCAUUGUCAUCACCGGCCACAAACCCAUUCGCCCUGCCGGCAUUCCUCGUCCUUCUGUCCGCCAGCUCGAGUACAUGGACAUGGGAUUGACUCAAUUUAUGCACUUCUCCGUCACUACGUUUGGCAACAUUGAGCACGACUGCGUCGAUGGCUCCUGCCUGCCCGCCUCCAUCUUCAAUCCGACGGCCAUGGGCCCGGACGAAAACGGCUUAACCGCGACAGACCAGUGGGUCCAAACGGCUGUUGACAUGGGAGCUGGAGAAAUUUGUCUUACAGCGCACCACGAAGGUGGCUUUUGCCUGUGGCCAUCCAAUUACUCCAACUAUACGGUGAUGCAAAGCCCAUAUCCACAUGACAUUGUGGCAGACUUUGUGGCCAGCUGUCACAAGUACAACAUUCGGCCCUGUUUCUACAUUGGACCAAAUGCCAACGGCUACUUUACGCAGGUACUCAAUUACACGGCCGAACGCUUCUAUCACGCCCAAAUGGGCAUGAUCACAGAAGUCUUGACACGGUAUGGUUUUAUCUCGCGCCUCUGGUGGGACCACUUCAACCAAGGUUGCGGUGGCCUGUCCGAAUGCCCAGCCUGCCAGAACACCAGCAGCCCCUACUGCUUUCCCCAAGCCUGGCAUGCUUUUGAGCAAUUGGUGCGCAACGUGAGCAACGAAACGCUAUUGGGCACUGGACCUGACGUUCGCCACUCUGGAGGCGGCGAGACUGGUGUCGGGGAUUACCCCGUCUGGAAUGCCAUCAACUCAACCUACACUGGAAGCUUCGGUCCACUGGGAUACUAUUUUCAACCACGUGAGGCCGAUGCCACGAUUCAAAAUCCGGGAGAUGCCUGGUUUUGGAAAGCCAACCACUCUUUUUGGAAUGCCUCGCAGCUUUGGAAUCACUACAUGCUCACCGUUGGCCGAGGGGAAAACUUUAUUCUGAACAUGCCUCCCGACACGACCGGGCGCAUCCCGGCCGAAUACGUGGCUGCCACUACAACUUUUGGCAAUGCACUCCGUGAAUCCUUUGCUCGACCGACGGCAGUGGUGUACGACGUGACUACGGUUUGCUCCGAGCCGAUCGAGCUGGACUUUCCUGAGGACAUGGGGACAUUCACUUGCCUGCUCACCCGCGAGGAUUUGACACAGGGCCAGAUGGUGAAAGCUUACACCAUUGAAAUAAAGGAUGAUGCAGGAGUGUGGCAUGAGCUCCCGAUCACCAACGGAGGCACAGUGGGCAAUCGCGUGAUCGACUUGUCGGCGGCAAAUGUCACAUACAUGGGCACGGGUAUAGCGUGCAACCGACGAUUCACAUUCGGCAGUUUGGGGCCUACCUUUGUCGCCGCCCAGAGUAAGGGAACGAGCAAGGCCACGACGAGGGCGGAAGACCGGGCAACCAAGGUGAUCGACAAGGCCUAG